AUGUCAACUACUAUUCAAAAUAUCGAUCAAGUAUCAACAGAGGUCAAAUCCUCAAAACCCACAUGGCAGGAUAUUGAAAAAGCUAUAGUUAUCAUAACACAAGCAGCUGAAGAUCUAGAUAUAUAUAUCUUAGACAAUGCAAAAAAGAUAUUUCCAAAUGAAGAAAAAUAUAUCGAAUCGAAAAAGCAAUAUCAGGAAUGCAAUGACCCUUCAAGUCUACAAAAUUUUCAAAAUCCUUCACAACCAGUAUUAUUACCGAGUAGGCCGUUAG